AUGAGCGCGCCGACUGUUGGUUCUGCCGCAUCAUCGGCUGGGAAUGGUUACGCCAAGUAUCAAAUUCGGUCAUCGGGUAUACCACGAGUGUUAGCGACAGAAUCCGAAGUCUUCACUUUGGAUGAUCACGACGAAGAACGGAGACCAAAUGGUGACACUCACCAAAGUGAGGAAACUGAGAAAAGUCGUUUAUUUGACUGUCCGCUUGAUAGUGAUGACGAUAAAGAAGAAGCACACGAUGACAUUGUGAACAAUAUCCGUCAACAUAAUUUCACCAAUACUGGUUCCGUGAAAGAGAAGUCUCGAUUGACAGAUUCAUUUGACAUGGACGAUUCACAAUCUGACGAUCUGGAUUUGUUACCACCUCUUCCCGGUGCUCCAAGCACUAACCAAAGUUGGAUGAACAAGUUUCACUCGUUGAACUGUUGUAAUCCUAGGAUACCAAGCAAAUGUAGCAUAAUGUAG